CAAGAUUGAAGCAGUACAAGAACUACGAGAGCCUUUCCCACUCUCGUUCGGAGCUGGAUAAGGAGUGUUUGCAAGUAGAGAAGGGGAAGACCUUCUAUGACUUCCAGUUCAACACAAGGAUUGUGAAAUCAACAAUUGUUCAUUUCCAGGUAGAGACCUUGCAGGAUUCUCUUUUGUUUUCUGAUAUUUGUUUUUCACGUUUUUGAACCAUAGAAAUCUAUUUUAAACAGCAACAAAUGAUUAUGUAUAUUAACAAGCUCUUUGUAUUUUCUUGAGUCAUACUGUACGAUCUCAUUUGUUUGAUACUUUGAUUACAUAUUUUCUGCUUCGUAAGACUAAAGUUGCAUGUUAUAUACUGUUUAGAAUGAACAAACUCUGUAGAAUGUAUUUUUCAAUUUCUAAGAUUUGUGCUGCAUACCAUCUUCCUAUGUAGUAGGAGUUGCAUGUUAAAUUCUGCAUACAAACUCUUCCUAUAGCCGUAUGGUUCUUCUGUGUAGAGCUCUAUGUUUUGUGUUACUUCAAUGUGGCAUGCACAUGUAUCAUUUGAUCAUUAGGAUGUCGGAUGAGCCAGAGAAGUUAGAUUAAAUUUAGGGCUAUCCGCAUAAGUAUUUCUUCAUAUUUUACCAUAAAAGUGUAUUAGUGCUUAGUGAACCGGAUAUCUUUUUUUUAAUUGUCACAGUGAGCAUGUGAAAAUUUGCUUUUGUCAUUUGCUAGUGUGAUUGUUGGUGUGGCGAUUGUCAGAUAUUUGAUAUUCUUGCUUUAACCCUCUGUGGCAUUUAGGAGUGCCAUUUAUUUUUAUUUCAGUCUUAAGCAGGUGGAAGUUGUCUGAGCUGCUGGCGCGACGUUUAAUAUGCUACGGAAUCUUUUAUGGGCUACAUCAAAGCAUGAUGUCUACCUGAUGCAAAACUACUCUGUGAUGCAUUGGUCCUCCAUGCUUAGGAGAGGCGAAGAAGUACUGAACGUGGCAAAACCAAUCGUUCCCACGCUGAAACGGCCUGGUUUGUUGUCCCAGCCCCCGUCACUUUCCAGAGUACAGAUAAGCACCAUGGCUGUCAAAGAGAAUCUAAUGGUGGCUGGUGGUUUCCAGGGAGAGCUUAUCUGCAAGUAUGUGAAUGAGCCAGGAGUUGCAUUCUGUAGUAAGGUAACUACAGAUGACAAUGCCAUAACGAAUGCUGUAGAUGUCUACCGCAACCCUAAUGGUGCAUUAACUGUUAUGACUGGGAAUAACGAUGCUCAGGUCAGGAUUUUUGAUACUGAGAAUUUUGUUUGUGCAAAUCGUUUCUCAUUUGAAUGGUCAGUGAACAAUGCUUCUGCUAGCCCCGACGGUAAACUGCUUGCAGUACUUGGUGACAGUGCAGACUGCUUGAUUGUUGAUGCCCAGUCUGGAAAAGUUACUGGGAACCUUAAGGGGCACUUGGACUAUUCUUUCUCUUCAGCUUGGCACCCAGAUGGCAGAACUUUGGCCACUGGAAACCAAGACACAACAUGCAGAUUGUGGGACAUAAGGAAUUUGUCCAAAUCAUUAGCUGUGUUGAAGGGUAACAUGGGGGCAAUUAGAGCAUUGAAGUUCACUUCGGAUGGCAGAUUUUUGGCCAUGGCUGAGCCUGCCGACUUUGUUCAUGUCUUUGAUACAGAAGCUGGGUAUGUCAAGUCCCAGGAGAUUGAUCUGUUUGGGGAGAUUGCUGGGAUAUCAUUCAGCCCUGAUACGGAGGCUCUAUUUGUCGGAGUUGCUGACCGCACUUAUGGUAGUUUGUUAGAGUUUAACAGGAAGCACCAUAACCGGUAUUUAGACUCUAUGUUUUAGUAUAUGGGGUAAUAAUCCAUCAGUGAAGAUGGUUGGAUGUGCAUAGUAUAAGCAAAGGGUUGGUUUUUUAGUUCGCAUGAAUUCGCCUAAGUUUUAAACUCAAAGUUGAUACCCCGGUUGUUAGGUUGCGGAAAUUUUAGAGGCAAGCCUAAUUGAUGCGUCUGGGUUUUUAGAUGUGUAGAGAAAUGAACUAUUUUCCUUCUUUUCUUUUUUCUGGUUUUGGUUUUGGCAAAGCUGAAAUAGAUAAAAAAAAAAAA